CUUUCACUUGAAUUUGGUAGAAAUUCUUUGGAAAAGAGCUAAAAUGGGGAGGGGGUGGAGAGGAUAAAUUGCAGCACCUCCCUGCCUGAGCUGACAUUGCAGCUCUUCAGAAGAGGCAGAGCAGCACUGUACUGAGGAAGAGCCCUCGCACAGCCACCAUGCUCAGCACAAGACCAGUCCUGCUGCUCGUGCUGCUCCUCACCUUCUCCCAGCACUGCACCACAGUUCUGCACACACCUUCAGAAUGCUGCUUUGAUUACUUAAAGUCACCUCUCCGGUCUGAUGUGCUGAAGAAUUUCUACACGACUCCCAAAGAGUGUUUUUACCCAGGAAUUGUGUUUGAGACCAGGAACGGGACCAAGAUCUGUGCAAACCCAAAGAUACGUUGGGUGGAGAAAGCAGUUGAGAAACUUCUCAAAAGGAAGAAGUCUCAUGCCUCCUGAUGCAGAGCAGACACCCCAGUUCAGGCUACCCAACUUUCUGAUGGGAAUAUUUCUACACAGCAUCCUGCAGAGGUCCUUGAUGCUGAUGGAUGGCACGGCCUCCCCAGAGCCUUGUGCUGCACUGACCAGCCA